GAUACCUGCCAGUGAGAUUUGUUAUGGAUCACUCGUUGCUAUGUUCUGGAAACCAAGAGACAACAUCUGCUUGUCCGCAAUGAUGAUGCCGUCAUCCACCUCAUGUAUAAAGUUGCGGCUCGCCCAUCAGUAAUCGUUGCUCUCAUUACCACCCCCAUCGCAUCUGCCUCCCACUUGGUUAUCACAGUCAUUCGUUUCAAGCCUCACGGCUCUCACACUCCUUUGCCAAUAUCCCUCGUUCUAACUUGGAAAAACACGCUCUUUUUCGAUAACCACAGUACUUGUUUGAUUAUAAAUAAUUUAUUAAUCCUAUAUUCAUCGCAUCGGUACAUUCACAUUCGUCAACAUGUCUCUCACCAACAUUACUUCGUCGGCUUUCUUGUACUGCCCUCCUGUCACGCAGACUAGCUACACCACAAUCUAUGAAACUGUCCUGCCUGCUGCCUGCGAGACGAGCAAAUGGUUGGCUACCUACACAAUCACAGAGACUUGCGUCGGUGAGAAGUCCGCCUAUGUCACCCCUACCAUGCCUCCAGGAUUCGUGGUCACCACCGUCAGCUGUCCCGUCUGUCCCGAGUCCGAAGUGGUUAUUACAUGCCCUGGCGCACAGCCCACGGGUUGGGGCAAGCCUACCGUACAGAUUGGUGGAAACGGUGUUACCGCUACCAUUAUUGCUACACCAGGUCCAGCACCUACCAAUGGCGGAAAUGGAGGCAACGGCGGUAACGGUGGCAACGGCGGUAAUGGAGGCAACGGUGGUGGUAAUGGCGGCAAUGGAGGCAAUGGCGGAAACGGUGGUAAUGGAGGGAGUGGCAGCAAUGGAACUAGUGGCGGAAAUGGAGGCAACGGCGGCGUAAACAACUACAGCAAGGGCAAUGGCACCAUCAGCAACCCUCCGGUGGCAGUCACCGCUGCUGCUGCGACACUGAAGAGGUCUUUGAUGGUCGGCGCCGGGUUGGCCUUCAUGGUCGGCCCCUUCAUCCUUCUAUGAGCUUUACUCUGAGUCUUGUUCUGAGGUUCCCAGUUGGUUUGACUUUGAUGGCCCUUGGCAAGACGGGAUUCCUUUUCUGUUCGAUAUGGUUAAUGAAUUAUGUCUUUUCAUUAGCGAAGAAAGUGGUAUAGGAUACAUGGGGGUCUGACCUUUUUCGAUAUUCUGUCAUUAUAUUUCUUUGUUCUUCCAUCACCCUUUUUUUCCUUCUAGUCGACGCAAUCAUCUGCAUUAAUUGAUACAAAAAUUGAACGCUUUGAACACUAUUGCUAAAUUGUUGUCCCUGACCCUGCGAACGUCUCUAGGUGUUGCACAUAUAAAAAUAUACAAUAUAGUGAACUUUUCACACGCUCUGCCC